AUGAGUGGUAUUCAAACAUUAGCUUAUUUGAUUCUUGUCUCUUUAUUCUUGACAAUAAACUGUUAUGUACAAGAAGACAGCAAUGAAGAUAUGGAUUAUGCCAAUUCUUAUGCUGCUCGCCGACACUUGGUAGCAGAAUAUCUCAAUCAAUACGUUGACAAACGUGCUGCUGCUAAAUCAAUUUGUGGUGGUUCUACUCAAUGUGGAGAUACAUGCAAUCAAAAUAACCACUAUGAUGCUAGUAGUACAUGUGGUUUGACUUGUUAUGAUAGUAAGUGGGCAGAAAAAGUUGGUACUAACGGCACUUGUGAACUUAAUUCUAAUGUUUGUGCUGGUGCUGCUUCUACCUUUUGCCCUGGUGGCACUUACACCACUGUUCACAAUACGUAUCCAAACAAUCCAAGUUAUUUCGAUUGCGCUAAUGGUUAUGGUUGUGGUGCCAAUGGAGGAUGUUGUGUUCGUAUUGCUGGUCAAACUAAGAGUCCUUGGCAAUAUUAUUGUCUUAAAUGUAAUAACUAA